AUGAUUCGCACAACAAAACCCCGGAAUGCCCGCUCAAAGCGGGCUCUUGAAGCCCGUGAGUGCAAACUUGUCGAAAACCAAAAGAGCGCACUUUUUCUUUCGGGCACAAGUACUAGCGACCUAACACGGUCCGCAAUGACCGACAUUCACUCUCUCAAAAAACCCAACGCAAUAAAGUUCACGAAAAAGAACAGCAUCCACCCAUUCGAAGACGCAACACCUCUUGAAUUCUUCUCCUCAAAAAACGACACGUCGUUCCUCGUCUUCGCCUCACACUCCAAGAAGCGCCCGCACAACCUAACUAUCGCCCGCACCUUCGAUCACCGAAUCCUAGACAUGUUAGAACUCGGCAUAGACGAGAGCACCUUCCGCCCGCUGACAUUUUUCAAGACUUCGAAACCCGGAAUCGGAAUGAAACCGUUACUAUCCUUCUCCGGGGCAAUCUUCGAUUCGAUACCGAACUACCGGCUCUUCAAGAGCAUGUUCCUAGACUUUUUUCGUGGGGAGACGGUUAACUCUGUGAAUGUCGAGGGGCUGCAAUACAUGAUACACUUUUCCGCGGCCGAGUCUACAGAGCAGAACCCUGCUCCUGCGAUUCAUAUGCGUGUGCACUUGAUCAAGACUUUGAAGAGCGGGCAGAAAUUGCCGAGGGUUGAGGUUGAGGAGAUGGGGCCUAGGAUAGACUUUAGGAUUAGACGGGUGCAUGAGCCAGAUGAGGCGAUGAUGAAGGAGGCCCUCAAGAAGCCGAGGGCUUUGGAGGCUCGAUCCAAAAAGAACAUCGAAACAGACAUCAUGGGUGAUAAGAUCGGCCGUAUACACACCGGCGGGCAAGACUUCAGCAAGAUGCAGUCGAGAAAGAUGAAGGGAUUGAAGCGAAGGCCUACUGAUGAGGCAGACGAGGAGAUGACACUGGUUGACGAGGAUGAAGAUGGUGGUGCGAAGAAGGCUCGCCUCGCUUAA